AUGGGGCGCCCGGUGCUGCUCGCCGCUGCCGCCGUGCUGCUGCUGCUGUUGGCCGGGGCCGGGGCCGCCGUCACCCGCCUCCGGGUCUCCGCCAACUUCGAGUGCCGGGCCACCGCCGACAGCACGCUGAGCCGUCCCCGCUGCCGCCGCCCGGCCCGGCCCGGUCCCCCGCUGAAGCCGCCUGCCCUGGUGCUGAGCAGGGCCCGCCUGUGCCUGCCCUCGCAGCCCUGCCAGCCCUGCCUGCGGGUGCGCCUGGCCCUCCCCGCCGCAGGGCUCGGCAGCGUCCGUGGGCUGCAGCUCAACUUCCUGGAGCUGGGCUCCAACCGGGCCGGCUGGCUGCAGGUGUGGCGGCAGCACCGGGCACCAGCCAGCUCGCCGUGGCAGGUGCAGUUCGACUGCUUCCCGGCGGAGAGCGGGCGGCAGGUCCUCGUCUCCCUCCGCACCAUCCCUGACCGAGGCUUGGCCCUCAGCCGCAGCCACCUGAUUGCUGCCGAGCCGCCCGGGCCCGUCUUCACCCAUGCCUGGGUCCCCGAGGCGCGGGCCAUCGAGGUGUGGGUACCCGAGGGCCCCGCCCUGAUGGUGCGGCUGUGCUACCAGCUGGCUCUGGAGUGUGAGGAGCUGCCCCGGCCCUUCCACCAGCAGGUGCUGGUGCCAGGGGGCCGCCGUGUCUCGCUGCCGUAUGAGUUCCUGGUGCCCUGCCUGUGCAUCGAGGCCUCCUACCCCCACCACGACAGCCCGCGCAGCAAGCGCUGCCCCUUCCGCAACCAGCCAGCUGCCUACGGCCCCGAGCUGUGGUCCUCGGUGCGCUUCCACGACUACAGCUCCAGCAGCAAGGACCAGAUGGCGAUGGUGCUGAGUGCCAGCUGCCCCCUGCGCCCCCGGGCCACCCUGUGCUGGAGGGAGGUGGCGGCUGAGACUGCGCCCUGCCAUGAUGUCCCCAACUCCACUGCCAGCGAGGAGGAGCAGGCAUACACGCUGGACAAGGUGGACGUGCACCCCCAGCUCUGCUUCCAGUUCUCCUACGGGAACAGCAGCCACGUGGAGUGUCCCCACCGGCCAGAGACUGCCUGGAAUGUCUCCGUGAGCGUCCGGGGGCUGCAGCUGCAGCUGCACCUCAUCUCCAGCAUCCCUGCGGCCUUCAGCGCAGCCCUCUGCCAGCGCCAGGGUGGGCAGUGCGAGCCCGAGGCCCCGCUCUACACUGUCACGCAGCCCGAAGGCUCUGCCCCGGGGGAGCUGGCGCUGCUGCUGCCGAUGCAGGUCCUGGGCAGCUGCGUGCUGGUGUGGCGCUCGGAUGUGCGCUUUGCUCGGAAGCAGCUGCUCUGUCCUGAUGUCUCCCGCAGGCACUUUGGGCUGUUGGGGCUGGCGCUGGCGCUGGCACUGGGGCUGGUGGUGACCAUGCUGCUCCUCAACUGCCGUGGUGCCUGGAGGCCAGCCACCGGUGCCUCAGGCGGGCGCCCAGUGCUGCUGCUGUACUCGCCGGACUCAGAGGAGCACCUGGGGCUCGUGUGCGCCCUGGCUGAGCGGCUGCGUGCGGGGCUGGGCUGUGACGUGCGCCUGGACCUGUGGGAAGCAGGUGGUGUGGGGCGGGCAGGUGCCCUGCCCUGGCUCUACGCCCAGCGGGGCCGUGUGGGCCGCCAGCGCGGCACUGUCCUCCUCCUCUGGAGCCGGGGCAGCGCCCGGCUUUUCCGCCGGUGGCGGGUCGGGGUGGCUGACGGGGUCCCUGGGGACGCCCACGACAUCUUUGGGGCAGCGAUGGCCUGCCUGCAUGGGGAGCUGAGGGCGGCGGGCCGUGGCGGUGGCUGGGUGCUGGCCUACUUCAGCCGGCUUUGCAGCUCCCGCGAUGUCCCCCGGCCCCUCCGGCCCCUGCCCACUUACCGCCUGCCCCGGCAGCUGCCCGGGCUGCUGGGUGCCCUGCGGGGCAGCCCCCCGGCCCCCCGCCGCUGCUGGGGCAGGGCAGAGAGACUCCUGCACCGGCUGCUGGAGCCCUCCCGGCGGCAGCGGGGCGCGGAGCCUGUCCGUGGGUCGGUGCGGGAGCGGGGAGGCCCCACCCCGGGGCGGUCGCCGGCGCCGCACUAGGACCCGGGUGUCCGGGAUCGGAGCAGGAAGCGGGAGCCGGCGGCGGCGGUGGGGCCCGUGGAGCCGGGCGGGGCCGUCGGGAGUGGACGGUGUGGGGCCGGGGCGCCCCACGGCCCCGGCCCCGCCAUGCGUGUGCUGGGGUGGCGGCGGCGGCUGCUGCUGCUGCUGGUGCUGCUGGUGGCAGGGGCGGCGGGCGGGCGCGGGGCCCCGCGGGACACCCUGGCCUGCUCCCAGGGCCUCGCCUGCCGCCUCCUGGACACCGAUAUGCUGUGUGGGACGGAGCUGCCGGGGCCCGGCCGCGGGCUGGCCCUGGCUCGGCUGCAGCUGAAGCCGGCUCUGCGCUGUGCCGGGCCUGCGGCCUGCUCGCCCUGCCUAGAGGCGCGCCUACGCUUGGCCCUGCCAGCCGGCACCGGCGAGCCCGGCCACCCUGCGCCGUCGGGCGUCCCCGGGGAAGAAGACGGCGGUGAGGGGGGACGGUGGUCACUGAUGGAUGGGGCUUCCUCGUCCCAGCCCAACGUCACCGGGCUGCUGCUGCUCUCUGGGCACACGUACACCUCCUCCCGCUGCGUGGCUGUGGAGGUCCGGGUGACCCUGGCCCCCGCGCUGCCUGGCCGACCCCUGGGCUGGGUGACCUUCCGGUGCUUCGAGGCGCCGCUGGGCUCCGAGCUCCACGUCACAGCGUACAUCAACUCACGCGGCCGCCGGAGGCUGAGCCAGUGGCAGCGGGUGCCAGACUGCUCAUGGCCCGCGGCACAGGCUGCCAUCCCCCAGUGCCAAGUGCCCAGGUUGCAGGUCUCCCCGCGUCUGAAGGAGGUGGUUGUGGAGGUGCAGGGGGCUGCGGCGGGGCACAGCUACACCCUCAGGCUCUACCACAACCAGAGCCACGGUGCUGGUGGGUCGGGGCGUGCGGUGACUGCAAGCGGCCCCAUGAACUACAGCCUGCCCGCCGACGAGGUCCUGCCCUGCCUCUGCCUGCAGGUCUGGCCAGAGACGCAGGACUCGUCACGGGCCACCCUGUGCCCCUUCUCCCAUGAUGCCGAGGCCUGGAAGCGGCUGUGGGCACGCAGCCGCUUGGUCCUGCACGCCGGGGGACAGGCGCUGAGCUGCUCCCUCUUGGCCCCCUGCGACCUCCCGGCAGAGCUGGUGCCCUGCUGGCAGCCGGCACCCGCUGCACCCUGCCAAGCCCUGCCUGGCCUGCAGCAGCCCGCCGUGGGGCAGGGACCCCAGGAGUUUGGGGGACUGCGUCCACAUCCCAAUCUCUGCGUGCAGGUGCGGAGCAGCGGGCAGGUCUGGCUCACCCAGUGCCUGCGGGACAGAGCGCUGCCUGGCCGUGCUGACGACCUCCUGCUGCUGGAGUCUGGGGAGCGUGGGGAGAACGCCUCGCUGUGCGCCCUGGAGCGGGGUGCCUGCAGGCCCCUAGCCAGCUUCGCCAGCACGGCGGCCGGGCACCCCGGGCUGCUGGAGUGGGAGCUGCGGCGGGACGUGGCAGCAGGGCAGUGCAGGCAGAUCUGGCACCCUGAGAACGGCACUGGGGUCGCACUCUGGGCCUGUCCUCUGCACAAGUGGACCCUCUGCAAGCGGUGAUCCUUGCCUGCAGACCUGCGUGCCCGCUGGGCACUGGCGUGGAUGGGGGUGCUGCUGGGCGUUGCCUGCCUCCUGCUCCUGCUCCUGCUGAAGAAGGAGGAUGUGAAAGGCUGGCUGAAGUCCCUGAGGGCUGGCUACGGCUCCAAGGGCCCGCUGCGAGGCCGGCGGGCACUGCUGGUGCAUGCGGCGGAGCCGGCGGCAGAGAGGGCAGCGUGCGCCUUGACGGCGGCCCUGCACCCACUGGGGCUGACGGUGGCGGUGGCACCGGGAGGUGGCAGUGGGGUUGCGGCGUGGGGGCCACUGCCCUGGCUGCACGCCCAGCACCAGCGGGCACUGCGUGACGGUGACACCGUCGUCCUCCUCCUCUCCCCGGCAGCUGUGGCUGCCGCGCACCGGUGGGACACCAGGGCUGGAACCGUGCCGGGAGCCGGGGCAGCUUUCAGUGGCCCUGGCCCCCAGCACGGCCCCAGCCCCGAUGAUGUCCCCACUGUAGCACCCUGUGAGGCGUUCGCGGCAGCUCUGUCCUGCGCCAUGCCGGCGCUGGCAGCGGGCAAGGGCUGCUAUGUGGUGGCCCGGCUAGAGGCCUUGGUGCUGGCGGUGCCGCCGGUGCUGCAGGCAGCCCCUGCCUUCGCGCUGCCCAGCGAGAUGGGGGGAUUCCUGCGGGCGCUGGCAGGUCCGGGUCGGCGGAGGGGCCGGUGGCUGGAGCCGUACGUGGCGGCGGUGGCUGAGGGUCUGCGGCGGGCAGUGGGGGAAUAA